UUUUGUUUCCAUAUGCUUGGUUUCGUUUAUGUUUUCUCUCUCUUCGACGCGCAUGUGAAUUAGAACCUUGUGUGCAACAAUUUGUUACAACGAUCAUAGAACAGGACAGAAAAAGAAAACCAAACAUUAACAAUAGCCGUGCAAUAAUUCUCGCAUUGACAACGACAUCGUCGCAACAACCUCGUCGUCAAAUGAAAUAUUAACCGGGCUCCAAAUUGUAUUAUUCAUACAUACUGCGUUGGAAAGUUAUCGUGUGCAUUGAGCACGUCGUCGGCUUAAAAGUUACUGCAGCAGUUAGCUGGUACCAUACCCGAAUCGCGGAUGUUCCUCGAUUGACGUAUCCCCUGGUAGGGAUCAGUGUAUGUAUAAACUGCUGUUUACUUGGCAUUGUUCGUCGACGUUUUGAUCAUCUGACGAAAGAAUUACUACGGUUUAUAUACCGACAAUUGUCAACCGUUACCCGUUAAUCGUCUGGUGUACUGUUGAAUAAUUGGAAGAAAAGCUGCGAAAGAGAAGAAAAAAAUUCUUAUUCGUUAUACGAAAUAACCGAGGAAUAUUACAGCAAGAGGGAGGAUAAUCGAAUUGUGUAAAUCGAAUAAACACGGUAACACCGUUUAAAAUUAAUCCUAAAAACGUGUACAAACACGAACUUCGUUUUUUAUAAUCAAUCUCCUACGAAAUAUCGGCGAUUAUUAGAAAUAAAAAACAAAAAACAACACAAAACAAUUAAAAUGUUCUGCAGUAUCGUUCAUCCUUGGAUUGGAAAACGAGUUUCAGUGGGUUUAACGAAUCGUACGUUAUACGUUUCAGUUUGAGAAAAGAAAUCCAAAAAGGAACUAAGACUAAACGGAACCACAAAUUUAGCAAAAGAAGCGGAGCGGAGUUUGAAAGAAGGAAGAUUGUGAGAAUUAAAGACGCGCGAUUAAGAAGAGAAACGAGCAGAAAAAAAGGAGCGUCAGGGGCAUAAGAAGAGUCGAAAAUUGCUGGACACUCGAAAUCGGGCCAAAGUCCACACUCCAUGCACCCGCGCGUACCGUCCCGUAGUGGUAAACGAUGCAGUAACUCGUGUGAUUAUGCGAUGGUCUAACGUGAACGCGUGUUGUACUCUGCACAGUCGUUUCGUAGGUGAAAUUAAAGACUAAACAACGUAGGUGUAAUAAAAUAAUAUAUCAUCAAGAUAACCAAGAACAGGAGUAAGGGCAAAAGCCUAACCGAGUAAAAAUAAAUUGUGCAUCAUAUCGAGGAGAGCGAGGAACUGUGGAUAAAAAAUGACGAGGUUACUAGUCCUGUGUUUGGUGCUUCUUGGGGCAUUGGACGGCAUAAGUCUAAGCCGAAACGCCGUCAGGAAGACGACACUGGUUGCGCAGGCGGCAGGGGGUAGCUGCAACGCGUGUCGGAUGCACGAGGACCUGCGUGCGCUGAGUCUGCAAGCGAUAAAGGAGCAGAUACUGUCGAAGCUGGGGUUGAAGCAGGCGCCGAACAUGACCGGGCGCCCCUUGCCGAAGAUACCGCCGAUAUCGAGGCUGAUGGAUCUCUACGGCAUACAGUCGGACCAGCCGGUGGACCAGGUCGAACCCGGGCUGACGAGGCACGAGGAGGUCGACGAGUACGCGGCGAAGACCGAGAACGUCAUCGCCCUGGCUCAACCCCAUCCGCGGCUGCGACACGCCAAGGGAAACCUGGACGUCCUGUACUUCAAAUUCUCGGACAAGAUAGUCCAGCACCGGGUUCGGGAAGCCAAGCUCUCGCUUUGGGUCUGGGGGAGCGACCAUGAAAGUCCCGAUCGCGAGGUUCUCAGGUCCGGGUUCCAGCAGGAGAGCGCGAGGGGUCCGAUCACCGUCACGCUCCAGAGGAUCCUGAGGGGGAGCUCAGAGAACGGAGGGCCGCUUCUGGGCCCCCAGCUGACGACGAAGCAUCCGCGACCCGAGAGGAACGGCGACUGGAUAGUUAUAGACGUGAAAAGGAUGGUGGCCAUGUGGUUCAAACACCCCCGCGACAACCUCGGGGUAGCGAUAAAGCUCCAGGCCGGUUCGAACGGGCACAGAAGGAGCAACUUCAAGUUGAUGGAGCUCGACCCGGACGCCGAACACACGCCUUACCUCGACGUAGAGAUCGAGGACCUCGACUCGAGGCGGAGUGGCAGGGUCAAGAGGACCGUUGGACUCAACUGCGACGAGGCGAGUCAGGAGUCGCGUUGCUGCCGCUACAAGCUCACCGUCGAUUUCGAGAAGUUUGGGUGGGACUGGAUCAUCGCGCCUAAAAGAUACGAUGCCAACUACUGUUCCGGCGAUUGUCCGAUGGCAUUUUUGACGGAAUACCCAAACACGCACAUAGUGAGCUUGGCCGAGCCACCGCACAACUCCGGACCAUGCUGCACAGCGCGUAGAAUGUCGCAAAUCUCGAUGCUAUACUUCGACAGCGAGUACCAAAUAGUGUUCACUAAAAUACCGGGGAUGGUUGUCGAACGUUGUGGAUGUUCCUAGUCAAUUUCUACCGAAUCGAUGCAUCCGAAUUGUGCGAAUAAUAAUAUAUGUAGGUAAAAAGAAGAAGUAAAACAUGAAAAACAGCAGAAACGGAAAAUUAAUCAUUGAGGGGACUGGCAGUCGAAGGAAAAGGACUUCGCUGGAGGGGUGAGCAUCAAGUUUCACCGAAUCCCAUGGAUUGGUAUACCUGGUAGAUGAUCUUUCUCGAGGCCUGAACGUCGCGACUUUAUGCAGUGCAACUCUACGUGAAAAUGUGAACAUGGCUGAUGCCUUCACUAUGGCUUAGAAUCUGUAACAAAAUCACGUUGAAAUUAUCGAAUUACGGGAGUUCUCGCUGAAUUGAACUGUGUGUGUCUAACAACGUAGUUACGUGUACGUUUUGCGAGUAAAAUAUGAUUAUUAAAAAUCAUUGGACAUCAUAUUAAUCUGCGAAGGUGAAUUACGCGAAUGAAACGCUUAAUUUAAGACUCUAUAUGUAUAAUGCAAUAGGUAGGUAUAGCAUUGUAUAGAUGUAAUGUCGAGAUAUCAAUUCAACUAAACUAAAAUGAAACUAAACAAAUAUAUACAUACGUACAUACAUAUGUACGUAUGUAUAUAGGUUAUACAAACAAAUUUUUUGUACAAGCGGAUUUAUCGAUAGUUUUAACAUAUUACUAUACAUACAAUAAUGGCAUAAUAUGUAUACAAUAAUGAUAUUAUUACACAUGUAUGUACCUAUAUACACGAUGCACUCGUACCUACUCGUCCAUAUAAAUACGUAUACUGUACUAUAUAUACACCUAUACAUGUAGAAAGUAUAUAGAAAGUUCGGGCAACUAAUGGUGAAUAUUGAGUUCCUAUUAUAGCGUCCCGAUAUUAUUUAAAAAAAA